UUAAAAAAAAAAAAACACAGGAAAGUCUACUUAAUCUCUGGAAUUUAAUGAACGAAAUCAGUCUGUGUUUGAACUUACUAAGAAAAUGAAACGGCAUUUAAUCAGUUUCAUAUUAAUUUUUCUAAUCGUGGGAGUAUUCAAGAGUGCAAUAGGGCUCAAAUGGAUUCCCAUAAGAAUGGACGAUAAAAUACCAAAAAAUGCAAUUUCAAUUGAUGAUUCUCACACGAAAUGGGUUGGAAGAUCUAAUAUGGUUGGACAAGAAAUUUAUCCAGCUCAAAUAUAUAACCAUGGAGCAGCAGCUUAUAAGCCAUACCAAGAAGAGACUCUUUUAAACAAACAUUCAGAGAUACUAACAAUUUCUGAAUCCGACAAUUGUAAAUGGAAACCUUAUUAUUAUAGUGAAAACUAUCAAAAUAUUGAUCAAAAUGUUGUACGCGCUGGUGUCGAUUCAAAUGGCGAUCCAGUAUUUAUCGGCAGAACUUAUGUUCGGGAUAAUGAUAAAUCUAUUAGCUCAAUUUAUUUGCCAAAUAAAAAAUAUACACAACGUUGGGCUUAUGUUGAUCCCGACGACCAUCCAUUUGAACAGUGGCAAUACUUGAGCUGCGAUACUAAUAUUAAGUGGGUUGAUUCUUUACCAACUAAUCCUCCAGAGAAUGCAGUAAGUGGUGGUGAAUCUGUUGAUGGAUAUGAUAUUUAUGUUGCUAGAUGGAAACCAGCUGGAAGCAAUAAUUUUAUUACUGGUUAUGUGAUACCUAAAAAGGGUGCAGCAGUUUUUGGUAGCAUUGCACAGGAAAAUAGCGAUUCUGACGAAUAUGAUAAUGGAUCUCAAGAUUCUGAUUCUGAUGUUUUUCAAAUUCUAACUGGAGAAUCGGGAGAGUACGAUUGGGUGACAGUUGGAAAUGGAAUAGUUCCCGAUUAUGCUGUUGUAAAUGGAAGACAUAAUUUAGAACUAUUGUAUGUGGCACGAAUUAACAAAUCGAUACGACAAAUCACACAAACUGAGGCACGAGAACAAAAAUCUCCAUUCGAUAUUUUGGUUAAGAAUGAAAUUUAAUUAAAUAUAUACUAUACAUAAUAUAUAUAUUUUUAAAGCUUUGUUUUUUCUUGUUAAUUUUGAAAUAAAAUAAUAAAUACUUAUUUCUUUCAUUUUA